AUGGCUGGACCUUACGCUCCAGGUUUCCACCCGCACCUUCCUGGUUAUAAGCAUAAAUUCUUGGCCACCGCGUUAGGUGCCACUAUGUGGUUUUGGAUCUUUUACCGCGCCCGCAAAGAUGGUGCUAAGUUGCUGGGAUUGAGACAUCCUUGGGAAGGCCACGGCCACGGCCAUGACGCGCACGACGCGCACGGACACCAGGAACAUCAUUGA